AUGAUCUACCUCUUCGUAUUCCUCGUCCUUGUCACAGCGGUGGUAGCGCAGUCAAGUGCGUUGGAUGCCGCAAAAAUGGACAAUUUAACAGCGGAAGCUGAUGAACUCGUACGGGAAUUCAAUGACUCCGGAAUGAGAAUAACCUCAAAGGUACGAACUUCAACAAAAGGGCACCGUGCUCAGUUGUUAAUAACUCAGAAGCAAUCGGAAGAAGGUCCCGAACGGAAAUCAUCUGCUCUCGGGACUUUUUCUCUUCUCGAUAACAUCAUCUUUCUUCUCGAGAAGAAGAUGAGAAUCAACUAUACGGCUAUCAAACAUCGUAUCUCGAACAUCGUCACUCGUUUCCUUAGCCCUGCUCUGGUCCCGUUUGCCCUCAUGCAAGUGCCAACGCAAGAGGAAAUUCAACAAGCUUUAUUGGCAGUCGAAACCAGGCCCACUUAUCGUGAUAUUCAAUACCCGCCAGCCAGUUCCACUAGACUCACUUCCGAUCCACAGAACCCUGCUACUAAUCACCAAACAUUAUCCAAUCCUCCGUCUCCAUUCUAUCAGCCUCAAUACCUCCCUGCAAUUUCACAACAGCGCUCAUAUCAACCUCAACUCACCUACCUCUCAGCUAAUCAAUAUCCUCAGGAUUACGAAUAUAGUGGCGUCUCGUCUGCGUCGCAGUACUACGGCAACAAUUUCCCGAGACAGUACUAUUGGCCCGGCUCUCAAUACAGUUCCUACCAGCCAAGACUACAGCAACAACACGUUCCACAGUACUACUGGCAACAAUCUCUACAACCUACACAACAACGCCAACCUUCGUACUACUGGGAUUUUUCCACCGGAAACACGUAUUACGACCAGAACUCAGUACUUGAAAAAUACUAA